CUCCUAGAAAACAGCUUGCCACGAAAGCUGCUCGUAAGUCAGCCCCAGCUACAGGAGGUGUAAAAAAACCCCAUCGCUACAGACCUGGUACUGUAGCUUUGCGUGAAAUCCGACGUUAUCAAAAAUCUACUGAACUUUUGAUCCGCAAGUUGCCUUUUCAACGCCUUGUCCGUGAGAUUGCACAAGACUUUAAAACUGACUUACGUUUCCAAUCUAGCGCUAUUGGUGCUCUCCAAGAAGCUGCUGAAGCAUAUUUAGUGAGUCUUUUCGAAGAUACAAAUCUUGCGGCCAUCCAUGCCAAACGCGUUACUAUUCAACCAAAGGAUAUCCAAUUGGCUCGUCGUCUUCGUGGUGAACGAUCCUAA